AUGGAUAGCGCUGAUUUGCAGUCUACUCCUGCUCUUGUGAAGCGCAAGGCCUCCCAAGAGUCGCACCCAAGCCCCGGACCUAAAAGGGUUGAGUUCCUAGACAAUAGAUUGGCUGACACGGAGAGUCAACCCGCCCCAAACGAGUGGGGCGUUGCUCUCCCGGAAAAGCCUGCAGUCAUAGAAGAACGAAAUGGAGAAAUCGAGCUUCGAGUGGUCCACAACGAUGCUUCCAGAGAAAGCACAAUCAUCUUGACCGGGCUUAAAAAUCUAUUUCAUAAGCAACUGCCGAACAUGCCCAAAGAUUAUAUCGCACGUCUUGUUUACGAUCGCACGCAUCUAUCUCUUGCCAUAGUCAAAAUGCCCCUUGAAGUCAUUGCCGGAAUAUCAAUUCGUGAAUUCGCUGUUCGCCAAUUUGCAGAAAUCGUUUUCUGUGCAGUUUCUAUGGAUCAACAGGAUAAAGGGUAUGGAGCACACAUAAUGGCUCACCUAAAAGACUAUGUCCGGGCUACUUCUCCAAUCAUGCAUUUUCUGACUUAUGCUGACAAUCUUGCAACGGGCUAUUUCCGAAAGCAAGGGUUUACAAAGCACAUUACACUGCCUAAGUCCGUUUGGGGGGGAUAUAUCAAGGAUUAUGAUGGGGGAACUCUCAUGCAGUGCACUAUGCUCCCCCGAAUCCGCUAUCUUCAGGCUGGCCGCAUGCUUUUGAAACAGAAAGAAGCUGUGCAAGCGAAACUCCGCAUCCUGAGCCAAAGCCACGUUGUCUAUGUGCCGCCUCAGCAAUGGGCCAGCGGGAAUAUUACUCGGAUCGACCCCUACUCUAUCCCUGCAAUCAAAGCCACUGGCUGGACCCCAGCGAUGGACGAGCUAGCACGGGAACCAUGUCGCGGACCUCAUUUCAAUGUCUUCCGACGCUUCCUAAGUGAGAUCUCAAACCAUAAGCAAGCAUGGCCCUUUCUUCAGCCCGUCAACAAAGACGAAGUUCCUGGUUACUAUAUUGCCAUAGCUCACCCCAUGGACCUGUCUACCAUGGAGGAGAGGCUCGAGAGCGGCUCUUACAGUACGCCAAAGGAAAUCGUUGAUGAUCUGAAGUUGGUCCUAUCGAAUUGCCGAGAGUACAAUGAUGCUACAACUGUGUACGCGAAGUGUGCAGUGAAGCUGGAGAAGUUCAUGUGGACGCUCAUCAAGGAUAUUCCAGAGUGGUGUCAUCUUCUUGAGAAUAACAAUUGA